GCCCAUCUUGAAUACUGCGUACAGCAAGCACAUUGAGUCAGCACGAUUUGGCCACAAGCAGGUGACCAACACUCAGUGGCCUGAGGAAAGCACACUCAGGCAACCUCAGCGCAGCUCUCCGGUUCAGUGAACCAAACAUCGAAGCCGAGAAAUGCCGGCACGACCAUGUUAACGAGAUACUUCGCUCACGCCGGGUAUGACGUAUCACAUCCUCGUACCCCCAUAGUCGGGUGAAGAAGGACAGGCCGGAGUAAGCAAAAGCUCCCUCCCCGACCAAGAAAAGUGACCAGGUACUCCGUAGUUUGACAGGAUCAGAUCAUCCCCUCCUCGUCCAAUAAGCUCUCAAGCAGCAUAGCACCGUAGCCCCCCUUCCCCGAGCAGGAGCUAUUCCAGGCAUUACCAGCACCCAGAUCCCCACAAUCCAACCUAUCACAAAACCCGUUCGACUUGCACCAUCGUCAUCGGCCAACUUGCUUCACUACAAAAACAUAAACACCUCCAAUUGGAAUCCCCAAAACCCCUCGAACACCCUCUAGAUACUUCUUUCAAAAUGAUGCGCAUCGCUGCUACCAAGGCCGCGGCCCGUCCCCUCACUCUCGCCUCGAGAGCUUGCUUCAGCACCACUGCUCGCACCAUGAGCGAGGGCGACACUGGAGCUCCCUCCAAGUACGGAGGCGGUGACGCCUUCCAGAAGCGCGAAAAGGCCAACGAGGACUACGCCAUCCGCCAGCGCGAGAAGGAGAAGCUCCUCGAGCUCAAGAAGAAGCUCAGCGAGCAGCAGGCCCACCUCCAGCAGCUGUCUGACCACAUGUUCGUCCACCACCUUCCACCUUUCCACGCCUUUCCACCUUUUCCGCCUUUUCCACCUUUUCUACCUUCCAAACCCGCCCCAUCCGCGUGCAAUGACGUCGACUUUUGUACAUUUGCUAACGACAGCACCCAAAACAGUGACGAGAUCACCAAGAACCAGGGUGGUGAGCACAACUAA